CAGGGACAGUGAGUCUCAACCCCACCUGAGCCAUGUCAGUCAACUUCACAGAUGACAGCCCCGAUUCCAAUGGGACCACGCAGAUACCGUCUUCUUCCUCAGUGGCUUGCACUGAAACAGUGACUUUCACUGAAGUGGUGGAAGAGGAAUGGGGCUCCUUCUACUACUCCUUUAAGACUGAGCAGCUGAUAACUCUGUGGGUCCUCUUUGUUUUCACCAUUGCUGGAAACUCUGUUGUGUUGUUCUCCACAUGGAGAAGGAAGAGGAAGUCGAGAAUGACCUUCUUUGUGACUCAGCUAGCCAUCACAGACUCUUUCACAGGACUCGUCAACAUCUUGACUGAUAUCAUUUGGCGAUUCACUGGAGACUUCAUGGCACCUGACCUGGUUUGCCGAGUGGUCCGCUAUUUGCAGGUUGUGCUGCUCUAUGCUUCCACCUACGUACUGGUGUCCCUCAGCAUAGACAGAUACCACGCCAUUGUCCAUCCCAUGAAGUUCCUGCAAGGAGAAAAGCAAGCCAAGGUCCUCAUCAUGAUUGCUUGGAGCCUGUCUUUCUUGUUCUCCAUUCCCACCCUGGUCAUAUUUGGGAAAAGGACACUCUCCAACGGCGAAGUGCAGUGUUGGGCCCUGUGGCCUGACGACUCCUACUGGACCCCAUACAUGACCAUCGUGGCCUUCCUAGUAUACUUCAUCCCUCUGACCAUCAUCAGUGUCAUGUAUGGCAUCGUGAUCCGAACUAUUUGGAUUAAAAGCAGAGCCCAUGAGAUGGUGAUUUCCAACUUCUCAGAUGGGAAGCUGUGCAGCAGCUACAACCGAAGGCUCAUCUCAAAGGCAAAAAUGAAGGCCAUCAAGUAUAGCAUCAUCAUCAUCCUUGCCUUCAUCUGCUGCUGGAGUCCGUACUUCUUCUUUGACAUUUUGGAUAAUUUCAACCUUCUUCCAGACACCAAGGAGCGUUUCUAUGCCUCCGUGAUCAUUCAGAACCUUCCAGCAUUGAAUAGUGCCAUCAACCCCCUCAUCUACUGUGUCUUCAGCAACUCCAUCUGCUUCCCCUGCGGGGAGCGAAGAUCACAGGAUUCCAGAAUGACAUACCGGGAGAGAACCGAGAGGCAUGAGAUGCAGAUUCUGUCCAAGCCAGAAUUCAUCUAGUUCUUGGGGCAGUGACAGUGCUAGGCUAAGCCCCAACAGC